CGAAAAGCGGUCGCUGGCGUAGAUGGCGCCAACAUGCAAUUGGUCAAUGGCCGGCCGGCACUCAACGAGCAACUCCGUCAUACGUUCUCCCCACCUGAUACCACUACACCUGAGUUUGCCGCUUGAAACAUGUUGACCACUCCUUCCAACAUCAUGCUGCACGCAUUACAAAUGUGUCGGAGAGCAUAGAGAACUCAUAUCCCUCACCUACACGCCGCCUACCACCACCUAUCUCCUCCCACAUCUCGAUAUUGGCCGUGCUCAAGAGCAACCAUGUGGGAAACAACAUUCCAGCACACCUCAUCAACACCCCUCCCUCCAAACAUCUCCAUCGACACCGGCCUGGAGCUCCUCCACGACUUCGACUUCGUCGUCCGCCUAUCCCCCGACUGUCGUGGCUGUCGCCCAAUCCCUCCACCCCAACCCAAAAACCUCGACCCCAAAACCCUUAACAACGAACCCGAAACCGUCAAGUACUACGAAGUCGAAGACGACCUCCCCUUCAUCCCAAAAACCCUCUGGUCCGGCAGCGUAAAAUACCGCGCCGACUUCGUCCCCACACAAAACGGCUGCGCCAUCACCGUGCACGCACCGGGAGGUUUCACCAGUACGAAUCACUGGAGGUUGUUACGAGACAAUUCGUCACGGGAAGGCACCAGAUCCAAAGAUUCAGAUCAUGUGGGAGAUUCCGGGGCGGGGUGGUAUGUACAGAUUGUGAGUGAUGCGAAAGUGGAGAAGAUGUUUGCGGGUUUCGUGAAGGGGUUCUUGAAGAAUUCGCAUCGCCAGUUGCAGGCGGCUUUUGUGGAGAGGUUGAAGGAUACGCCCGCGCAGCAGAGGUGUAGGAGGCCUACGUUGGGGAGGAGGAGGUCUAGUGUGCUUUAGGCGGGGACAAAAGAUGGGAUGGGCGCCAGGGUGAUCACGGAAGUGGAAAUGUUCGAGGAAAGAAUUUGUCCGGGCAUGGUAAGAGACGGAAGAUUUCGGGUAUUGUUUAAUAUACAGCGUCUGCAGGUCAGACUAGAGUCGUUAGUUUCACGACUGUCGAAUAGAAUUCAUGCUGGCCUGAAACAAA